AUGAGUUUUGGCAGACCUCCCAAUAUCGAAUCUUCACCAGGAAAAGCUCCAUUAAGAGGCAGUUUCCCUUUAGAUCAUGAUGGUGAAUGCAGAACCUUCAUGAAGGAUUAUGUCAAGUGCUUGAAAGAAAAUAAAAACAAUAAUGGGUUAUGCCGUCAAUUCUCAGAAGCCUAUUUGCAAUGUCGCAUGGACAAUGGUUUGAUGGAUAAAGAUGACAUGGGAAACCUUGGUUUUGCUGAUUUGCGCAAGAACAAGCAAGAGAAACCACCCAAUUCAAAGGCAAAAGAAGAAACAUAG